AUGACCAAGGAGGAUGUGGUGAGGGAGUCUUCAGAGGGAGAGUCGGUCCUGGGACGGUACAGCAUUAUUUCCCGUAACUCUGAGCGACCGGUGAUCCAUCAGGUGGCAUCAGCGCCUAUGCCUUCAGACCGCGAGUUCUCUUUCUUUGACCCAAAUGAUCCUCUGUGUCGAGAAGUUCUGUUGGAUCCGCGGACGACUGUUCCAGAGCUCUUCGCUGUUCUCAGACAGUGGGUUCCUCAAGUCCAGCGGAAUAUUAGUGUCAUUGGCAAUGAGAUUCUGAAAAGAGGCUGUGGUGUCAAUGACAGAGAUGGUCUCACUGACAUGACUUUGCUGCACUACUGCUGCAAGGCAGGAGCUCCAGGAAUAGGUGAUGCUGAGAGUGCGGCCUGUUUCGCCCGUCAGCUGUUGUCGCUGGGAGCCGAGCCGUCCUUACGCAGCCGCUGGACCAACAUGAACGCUCUCCACUACGCUGCAUAUUUCGACGUCCCUCCUCUCAUCCGUGUGGUUCUGCAGGCGUCACAGCCGGGAGAGGUGGAUGCGACCUGCAGUGAUUUUGACUUCAGCACUGCGCUGCACAUCGCCGCCUCAAACCUGUGUACCUCUGCAGUGAAGUGUCUGCUGGAGCUGGGAGCCAACCCCGCUUUUAGGGUUUGUGAUUUUCUGUACGGCCACUAA